AUGUUGAAGGAAUAUCUGGUCGCAGGCAUUCUGCUUGCUUCGCCUCUGCUGGCUGUAGCACAAGACCUCAUCCCUCCGAUUCUUGAAAAAGCUGAUUCUUUUGUGGAAGAGACUUGGUCUGUUGAUUCAAGUCCAAAGGUCAUUUACAUCGAAAAUAAGUUUGCGUCUGUGUCGGAUGGCGAUGGUCUUACUUUGAUUCCACCUACCGCCCAAGAGUUCGCAACAACCUUUCAAGAUGAUCUCGCCAAGAUCACAGGGUCCAACUGGACGCUGAAGCACGUCGACUCACUUCCCAACAACGCCAGCGGAAUCUCUCUUGGUUCAUACACCGGAGAAUCUUCUGAUCUCACAUACGAGAACGGAAAAUCAACAACAGAAGGCUACGAGAUCAUCAUCAACUCCAACCGCGUAUUCAUCGGUGGAUCAGGCGCACGAGGAAUGUGGUGGGGAACCAGGACAUUUCUUCAACUUCUCCUCGCUGGCAACGGAACGAUUACUAGUACUCUUGGUCGAGAUGCUCCGGCUUACGCUACCAGAGGAUAUAUGCUUGAUGCAGGGAGAAAAUGGUAUUCGAAGGACUUUCUCAAAGAGCUAUGCAGCUAUGCUUCAUUCUUCAAGAUGAAUGAGUUUCACUAUCAUCUUAGUGAUAACUAUCCGCUGAACCGUGGCAAGAAUGAGAGUUGGAGGGAUGUCUACUCGCAUUUUUCGCUGUUGCCGGAGGAUAAAUCGCUGAGGGGUAUCCUGCAUGGGCGUGAGAACGAGACACUGUCUAGAGAUGAAUUCACGGAACUGCAGAGCCACUGCGCUUCGCGAGGUGUCACCGUCAUUCCGGAGAUUGAGGCGCCAGGUCAUUCUCUGUAUCUCACCAAAUGGAAACCGGAGCUUGCCCUAGCCAAAAAGGAUUUGCUCAACUUGACGCAUCCUGAUACCUUCCCAACGGUACAGAGUAUCUGGAAAGAGUUCCUACCAUGGUUCAAGACGAAAGAAGUCCACAUUGGUGCUGAUGAAUACGACGCCGAACUUGCCGAUGACUACAUCGCCUUCGUCAACAAAAUGAGCCGCUUCAUAAACUCAACAUCCAACAAGCGAAGUCGAAUCUGGGGCACUCACGAACCUUCGAAACGCAACCAAACAAUCGACAAAACCGUCAUCAUUCAGCACUGGCAAUACGGCCAAUCUGACCCUAUCCAACUCGUCAAAGACGGCUACGACAUCAUCAACUCAGAAGACUGGUGGGCCUACACAAGUCUCAAAAACGACCACAUGCCCAUCCUCCCAGCGCGCUACCCGCAGUUCUUCAACGAGAGUCGUGUUUUCAACUUUGCGGAUAAGGAGGAGUGGCAGUGGACGCCUGCUGAUUUCAACCCUGUUAAUGCAAGUCUGCAGCUUGAGAGUGAUGAGGAGAGGUUGAGGGGUGCGACUUUGGCGGCGUGGAAUGAUAAUGGGCCUGAUUCGAGUACGCAACUUGAGGCAUAUUAUUCGAUGAGGAGGGGUAUUGCGGUGGUGGGAGGGAGGGCGUGGAGUGGGAGUCGUGGACCGAAGUUGGUGGAGGAGACGAGUGAUAGUAGUGUUGACUUUUACUCCCCGAGGGCUCCGGAUCAGAAUCUUGAUAGGGUGCUGUCUCUUGGGGGUAAUGGGACGUUGGUAUCGUGGACUCGUUCAGAUGGCGAUGGGAAGGAAGUUCAUCUUGGUCAUGGGAGCAAGGGGAUGAACUACACCCUCACGCUCUCCAUCACAGGCCCAUUCAACCUUUCCGGGCCCGACAAUACUCUAUCCUUGGAUGAUAGCGGAAAUAUGGUCUUCACCGCCGAUGGAUGGGAGUAUCCCCUCCGCAAAGUCACAAAAGACGACGCCCUCGAUCUUGACCCUGGAGCUCCAGGCCGUAUCUGGGUGAACACUUCAUCCACGCACAAGCCCGUCAAAGUGUCUACUCCUGUUAACAUCACUUUGGUGACGGACGUUCUACACGGAACGGUUGUGUUUAGCGAUGGUGAAGCGGUGGGAAGGUUUGAAGUCUUUGUGUAUGGAGGGAGGAAUACGCAGUUUAGUUGGAGUCAGAUGGCUUUUGUUGCGCCGCUGGAUAAGAUUGAGGGAGGUCUGGGGCGUUUGGAAUUGACAGGGGCUUCUAACUUUACCGAAGCAGGGGGAUCGGGUGGAAAAGAGAGUGCUGAUGUUCCGAAGGGGAGUGAGGCUGUUCGAUGUUCCGUUUCUUCAGCUUUCAUUCUGUUAGGGUUGGUCGUGGGAGGCUUGCUACUCGUAUCAUUGUGA